CUCUACCUCGCUCAUCAAUGGGAAAUGAGAAGAAGAGAAAGAAUAUGGACCCUGUUAAAACCGGCCUCAACAUGCUCAGCGUUUCCCUCCUUCAACCCAUGGAUAUUAUCAAGGUGAGGAUGCAACUAGGUCAAGGAUCAGGUGCGCAGAUCGCAUCCAACAUUCUCAAAACAGAGGGGGGUUAUGCCGCCUUUUAUAGGGGUCUAUCUGCUGCACUACUUAGGCUGCCUCUGCAUAAAGCUGUUCAAGCUGGAUCAUAUUCAAUCAUAGCAACUACAGUAACCGGGGAUAAUGAUCGCAAACCCUUGUCACUUGGCCAGAAAGUUAUGGUUACCUCAACUGCUCUAACAAUCGGAUGGGCUUUUAGUAUCCCAACACAGUUGGCAGAAAUUCGUAUGCAGGCUGAUGCAACUUUUCCUACCUCUAAGCGCCGAAAUUACACGAAUGUCUUCAAUGCGCUUCAUCGUGUUGUUGCAGAUGAAGGGGUUCGGGUGCUUUGGAGAGGUUCUGUGCCAGAAAUAGCAAAACAGUAUGCACUAACUACAGGGUGUUUUUCUGUUUAUUCUCCGAGUUUUAGGUACUUGAAGGAUUCCCUUGGUUUUGGAGUCACCACUAGUGUGAUUGGUGCCGGUGUUAUUUCUUCUUUCAUGGGAUGUGCUUUAAGUUUGCCAUUUGACUACGUUAGGACCCAGCUUCAGACUAUGCAACCUGAUGCUUAUGGAAAAUAUCCUUAUACUGGCAGUUUUGAUUGUGUUCGCAAAACCUGGAAAACAGGAGGACUUCCUAUGUUUUACUCCGGGUUCCAUUUCUACUUUUUCAGAUUUGCUGCUCUGACGACGAUUUCAUGGUUUAUCACGAAACAGCUUCGUCGUUUGGAUGCAUCAAUCAGUGAAAAAAAGAUUACAAUAAAAGCUCGUUGAAGCGACGUUUGAGUUUGAGGUGGUUGUUAGUUAAUGCUGAGUUCAUGCAUUUUUAGCAUUUGAUAAUUUGUUCAGGAGCUCUGAUCCUAAUUGAUUGACUUCCAAUUCCAACCUUAUUUUGAUGGUGUGCAUUCACACCUGAUGCUAACAGUUCAACAACCAAGAUUACCAAUUCAUGUAGUGACUUUGUGAAUCAUAAUUACUUACUAGAAAUACUUAGCUCUAUUUGGAACUAAGUUUUUUUUACGUGUAAACAAACAUGAUACAUAAUAGGCCGUAAUGACAUCAUUUGAAGUAUUUUCUGUUUAACAUGAAAAUGAAUUUAUUCCUUUACUA